AGCUGCAGCCUGUGCAUUCUUUUGCCUUGUAUGGAGAAAUGGCCUGGCCUGUGAUGUCUUUGAAUGGGAUAGGCCGCCCUCUCCAUUGGCCGGGGCAGAAAGGGGAGGGACCCACCAGGAGUCCGAUACUUUAAACAAACUUCCAGUGGGACUGCCUGCUUCCCUUCGCAGUGCUGUGUUGGAGCCAGACAAUAGGACUUCCACAUAUUUCUACCUGAAGCAAAGGCCCAGACCUAACCGCCACCAUGUCGAGCAAGCGUGCCAAGGGAAAGACCACCAAGAAGCGUCCCCAGAGGGCCACCUCCAACGUCUUCGCCAUGUUCGACCAGUCUCAGAUCCAAGAGUUCAAAGAGGCAUUCAACAUGAUCGACCAGAACAGAGACGGUUUCAUAGACAAGGAGGAUCUACAUGACAUGCUGGCCUCUCUGGGUAAGAACCCCUCUGAUGAAUACCUAGAGGGGAUGAUGAGCGAAGCACCAGGGCCAAUCAACUUCACCAUGUUCCUCACCAUGUUCGGAGAGAGGCUCAACGGAACGGACCCCGAGGACGUCAUCCGCAAUGCCUUUGCCUGUUUUGAUGAGGAGGGAUCUGGUGUGAUUCACGAGGACCAUUUGAGAGAGCUGCUGACCACCAUGGGAGAUCGAUUCACAGAUGAAGAGGUGGACGAGCUGUUCCGUGAGGCGCCCAUUGACAAGAAGGGCAACUUCAACUACGCAGAGUUCACCCGCAUUCUCAAACACGGCGCUAAAGACAAGGAUGACGAGUAGAGAGAGAGAGACACAUACUGCACCACAAAUCAAUCCCUAGUUCCUACCUUUAUGGACUUAUUUUUAAUGAAAUUUAAUAGGAAAACAUCAAAUGUAUAUUAUAUAAAAGACAGAAGUGGCCAUUGUGUUACAAUUAAGAUUUAAACAUGUCUAUGUAAGGUAUGAACUUGGGAUUCAUUUGGGAUCCCCAGAAAUAUUUUGCGUCAUCGACUGUUCCCAUGAAAGGUGUAUUUGCAUCUCAUAGCCACAAGUCUACUGCGGCCUCAGCUACUUUGACUGCUGGUUGGACGUUUGAGUUGCAUCAAAAACAUCAUGUAUAAGUCCGCAGGGUUGUUUUUGGACUGAGAGUCACUGCCACAUAUAGUACCAGCAAUGUUGACCUCUUCCUGCCAAUUAGCUACAGCACCUGCACAAGCAUGGCAACAAGUCUAUAGCUGUAAUAUUUGUAUCCCUGUAUGUUAAACAUUGAUUU